UGCCAGAGAUUGCAUUUCUGAUGAUUGAUCAGUAAAAGGGAAAAAAAAGCGUUUUAUUGUGAAGCUAGAGAUGUUACUCUUUAGCUUCUGCACGUUUAGUGGGGGAGGUGUGCUAUGCUUCUUGUUCCAUAGGGCAGUGCAGGCCGUUGCAUACCCUGUAGGCCCUGAAGCAGAAAUGUAUUUAUUAUAUGCUUUAUUUUGUCAUUCGGCUGUUAUUAGCAGUGUGCAGAUAGAAGUCUUGUCUUUCACACCGCUCGCUGCCAUGUCGAAGGGCCUGCUAUACUUACCUGUGAAGUUCAAGAAGAACUUCUGCCAUGACGCUGCCGUCGAUCAAGCGAAGCAGCUGGAUUCCGCAGUGUCUCUGGAGGAACUGAAGGAAGCUGUGGCUUGCAGAAAGAAAGGUAGACCAUACAUGCGUGCCGGUGAAGAGGGUGCCCUUCGUCAGAACGAUACGAUAGAGGAAGGGGUUGCGGAACAGCUCAGGGCCAACUGCAGCAUUCACACUGACGACAAUGGACAGCAGCAGGAGAACUACAACAAAAUGGCCGAGGAGAAAUGCCUGAUACAAAAGAACUACAACAAAAUGGCCGAGGGGAAGGACAAGCUGCAGAAGAACUACGACAAAAUGGCCGAGGACAAGGCUCAGCUGCAGAAAAGAAACAAGGUGCUGACCGAAGUCAAUGCUCAGCUGCAGAAAAACUGCAGCACAGUAUGGAAGGACUACAAUACCCUGGACAAUGACAAGAGACAACUGGUUACGGACUACAACGUCCUGGCAAAAGAGAAGAUCCAGAGAGAGAGGGACUACAGCGCCUUAGAGACAGAAUGCCAAACUCUGACCAGAGAGAAGAAAAGGGUUGAGGAAGAAAGGAAGACACUGCAGCAACUACUGGAAGAAGAGAGGGACAUGUUUCAGCGAUGGAACCGUACCUUUAUGGUUGUGUUGGAGAACAUGAAACACAAGGAGCAGCUACAGAGGGACUUGCCGUGUUGGCAAAAUCCCCCUUCCAGGAUCAGUACUGUCCCCUCAGCUUACAGAAGAGAGUGUGCAAGCCCUGUCCACAGGGCUGGGAGCAAUUCUACUCCAAGUGUUACUACUUCUCCACGGAGAGGAAGAGCUGGAUGGACGGUCGCAGUGACUGCAUUAAGCAGGGAGCUGACCUGGUGGUAAUAAAGAGUGAAGAGGAGCAGGUUCUGGAGGAACGGACAGCCGGACGACCAUUUCUGGUUUGACUGUCGCACGCAGUACCAGGACGCAGACUGUGUGGUGACUGUGCCCGGUGAGAGUGCAUGGAUGGACACGCACUGCUACUCGUACCACAGGUUCAUCUGCGAGACUGACGCUCUGCUGCUUUAAAACACCACUUCCUUUGAUGCCAAGUGGGAAAUCUGGGAAAUUUGGUUCAAGAACAUAUGUAAUCAUUUUCCUCAUUUUCCAAGGAUGUUGAAAAUAUCAAAACGUUAUGACCAGACCAGGACUGUACCUAUGUUUGAGAGGUGAGGCCUUAAAGGGAACAAAACAGAGACUGGCAUAGAGACACAGAAUACAUUUCCAUGUUGUGAAAUAGUGUAGUGUGAAAUACUGUGAUAUAGAUUUGUGUUUCCCAAAUGCAUGCACAUGUUUGCAUUGAGACACUCUAAUCCAGACAAUUUUACACAGAUUGCAUUUUUACACACAAUCCAUUCAUACAACUGGCUAAUUUGACCAAAGUAAUUCAGUUGGAGUGCUUUGCUUAAUAGUACAACGGCACCACUGCAGUCAGGAAUCAAAUCCACAACAUUUGGGUUAACUGCCAGGCUCCCAGACCAUUGGACUCCAAUCUAACCCUCCAAUCAGGGGCCCCAGCUACACGACAGCCCUCCAAUCAGACGCCCCACCGAUGUUCUCACUUACUGGACAUGUUUGUAAUGAUCCCUCAGUGAAUCAUGGACUGAUAAAAAUGAGUAGAAAUUAAUCCUAAUCAUAAAAAGCCUGUAAAGAUGGUAAACAAAAAGUUUAGUCUAUUAAAAACAACCAGCUUUUAAAUGUUGUUUUAUUUUCAUUAUUUAAAUAUGUGUCCUGAUUUUGGAAUAAUAAAGUAAUAUAAAUAAAUGACUCUAACUAUUA